AUGAGCCGCACGAGGACGAUGCGUCAAAAUCGUGCGGGGAAGAUUGCGAGCGUUUCCUCAGCCUCUCCUCAAAAUCAUCAUCGAAGGAACAGGAGGAAAAAGAGAUCCGGAAGCGUCAUCGCGGAAGCAUCGUCGGCUUCUGUGGCGACGCAAAAAGUGCCGUCCCAGCCGAUCGUUCCUGGGAAAACAACCUCGGUCUCGCUCGAGGACGCGAGAGAGUUAGCCGCGUGGUUGAGACACGAGAGAAACGCAAAAAUGGUUGGCGAGUUUAUUACUAUCCAACCGGCGUCGGGGAACCCGUACGGCGAUCGAGGGGAUAAAACGAGCACGGCGACGACGACGGAGAUGGCAGAAUUCACGCUCUCUAAGAACGUGGAAGGUGGGGACGUUAUCUUGUCCAUUCCUCAGGAUAACUGCGUGACGGCGGUGGACGCGAAGGAACAUCCCAUCGUCGCGCCGUUGAUCGAAGAGAAGCCGGAGUUGGUGCAGUUAGCGUUGUGGUUGUGCUGCGAGAAAGCGAAAGCGAAAGGGAGCGAGUGGUGGCCGUAUUUGAAGACUUUGAACGGGAAUCCAAACAGCGUUUUGCGGUUUACUGAGGAGGAGUUCAAAGAAUUGUUGAAAGGGACGUCGAUUGAUAAAGAGGCGAGGCAGAGAAGAGAUUCGGCGAAGGAGGAGUACGAGGCUUUGAGAGCGGCGAUUGCGGAAGAUCCGGGUAAAUAUCCGUUGGAUGUGUACGCGUUUUUGACGGAAAGUGCUUUUAUCGAUGCGUUAGAUAUUGUAUGCGCGCGAGCGCAGUGGUUAAAUAGCGCGAACUGUUACGCGAUGGUACCUUUGAUGGAUGCGAUUCCAAUUUGCGGGGCGCCGCCGCCGGUCUCGCCCGAAGACCCAUCGUUUGCCCGGUUUUACGAGAUUAGAGAUAUUAAAACUGGAUUGACUGCCGUGAGGUGUGGAUACGCGGAUUACGACGUCGAUUCAGCCUCGGUGGUUUUAUGUGCGAACACGAGGGCGAGCGCGGGGAGUAAAAUUCUGCAAAUCGAUCACAGCGUUAGAAAUAACUCGGAGUUGUAUUUAUCCUUUGGAGACGUGGAUGAUCAGCACCCGGGCGAUUACGAGUAUUGGCCGACAGAGUUAUCGGAGAAUGAUCCUUUAUACGCGGCUAAAAAGUCCGUUUUAGAGGCGCAAGGGUUCGCGGAUAAAGGCCAAACCUUCCCCGUGUACAAAGAUCGCAUGCCGAGGGAGUUUUUGUCCUAUUUGCGGUUCGCUCGCGUGACGAACAGCGAAGAGUUAUUCGCGGUGUCCUUCACUGAGGAUAAAGUUGUAAGCCCUAUGAACGAAUACGAAACUUUGCAACUGUUAAUGGCUGAUUGUCGCGAUCGCAUGAGCGCGUACGAUACGAACGAAGAGGAUGAACUUUUGUUACAAAAACGUGACGACGUUUCGUUGAAAAUCCGAAACGCGUCCAGACUUCGCCGGUGCGAGAAAGAGUUGGUUGGUGAGAUGAUGAACGCGGUGAGGCGACGUUUAGCGCCUAUUCGCGGGAUUCCUACGAAACAAGGCAUGGAAGAUCCGAACUCGGACUUGCUGGAGAUUUUUGAUGCGAUUGAAUCCAUUCCAAACGCACCGAAGAAAGCGUUUGAGAAUUUCCAGAAAUGGGCGAGAGGAGAUUAUGAAGACGAGAAUCGCCGACCGAAGGGCGGUGGAGGCGGGUGCGGAUAA